AUGGCAGUUACGGAAGAAGGACUUGAUUCGCAAAUGUCGUUGCUCUACUACUCACGCAUCCGGUUCAUACAGAAUCUCAGCGGGUUGCUUAGCGCCAGUCCGACGACGGCACACGUCAUUUCCAUUUUUGCGGGAUCCGUCGAGGACCAGAUCAAGACAGGUGAGGUGCCGAUUGGGGCGCCAGAGGCAGCAAGCUACAGUGUGACCGAAGUGCGCAAGCGGACGUGCUUCAUGAAGACAUUUAUUUUUGAAUCACUGGCCGAGCAACAUGAGGGAAAAAUCAGCUUUGUACACAUUUACCCUGGACUAGUAGACGGCCCGACAUUUCUGAGUGAGGAAAACCCGCUAUGGUUCCGUAUGUUGUGGAGGGUGUUGAAGCCAUUGGCAAGCUGGUUUAUGACGAGCGCCGAGGUGUGCGGGCAGGUCAUGGUGUCUCUGUGUACGGAGCGGUAUCCUGCAAAGGGAACGUUGACGGGGGACAAGGUUGCUUUGAGUAGUCAGAAGGAAAUGGGAGGGGGCGCUUAUGCAGUCGGCCAGCGAGGGGAUGAGAGGAAGCAAGUGAGCUGGGCCAAGGCGCGGCGAGAUGACAGUGCAAAGAAGGUUUGGGAGCAUACCAUGGGGGUGUUGCAGGGGGCGAGAGAGGACAAUGCCGGUGGAUAGAUUGUGUGAGCAAAUCAAUUGAGCAGAGAGAAAUG